UGCGCCGCCGCCUGCGGUCUCCCGGGUGCGGGCUCCCGGCCUCCCAGUACCCCGGUGGCCCCGCGCCCCCGCGUCUGCGCGCUCCGGCCCCGCGGAGCCGGCCCCGGCCCCGGGUCCGAGCGGCCUCUGCCCCGCGCGCAGAUGGCGCACUCGCCGGCCGCUGUGCCCCUGGGCUCGCAGGAGCAGGGCUGCCCCAUCCGCGUGGAGCACGACCGUCGGCGCCGCCAGUUCACCGUCCGGCUCAACGGGUGCCACGACCGGGCCGUCCUGCUCUACGAGUACGUGGGCAAGCGGAUCGUGGACCUGCAGCACACCGAGGUCCCUGACGCGUACCGCGGGCGCGGCAUCGCCAAGCACCUCGCCAAGGCUGCUCUGGACUUCGUGGUGGAGGAGGACCUGAAGGCCCAUCUCACGUGCUGGUACAUCCAGAAGUAUGUCAAGGAGAACCCGCUGCCCCAGUACCUGGAGCGCCUGCAGCCGUGACCCUGGCUUGUGGGGCAGACCUGUCCCUGCCCGGCCUUCCCUCGCAGCCUCUGCCCGGGCCCGCCCCGUGCUCUCAGGAAACCCGGACCCCGUAGGGGGCGGCUCGGUCAUUUUUCUAAGGAUGCUCAUCUGCGGUCGCUGGAGGUAGCGGGCCAAGGGCGGGCAGUUGUCCAGCAGCGGUGGCCACCGGGCCCGGCGGCCCCCGCGCUGCAGACGCUGGUCUGCAGAGGGCCACGCGGCCGGCUGUGGGCGGGCCUGGGAGGCCCACGGCCAGGACCGGGACAGACGCAGGCCGUUCCUGUGGCGGCCCGGGGCUCAUCUGUGUUCCCUGCUCUGCGACGGGCAGAUGGGCUGUCCUGGUGCCCCCGCCACCGCUGCCUCCCAGCCUGUGUCCCCUUUGCAGAUGGGGAGUGUGCUCCCCAAGCUGAGAGGAGCAAUAAUGAACUAUGUGCCAACUUCUGAGCAGCGCAGCGCCAAGCCAUGAUUGCCACCAGUCAGCGCUGCCCCUUCCCUUCCGCCAGCCGCGCCCUGGCAGGAGGCGGCGAGGGACGGCCCUCUCUGGCGUGUGAGCCUGGGAACGGGUGGCCCGGGCGCUGGCUCAGCCCCCGCGGUGCGCUCUGAGCCCACGCACAUGUACACGCACACGCGCGGAACUCUGAGUGCCAAGCUGCGCGUUGGCGGGGAGGCCGGUGGGGGGAGCGCUGGCUGCUCUCUCCUUGGUCCCGGUCCCUCGGCCCCUUCCCUCCAUGUCCCUCGGCUCUGCGGGAAAAGGAGGUCCCUGUCCCCUGUGGCUGCCCUGCCCUUCCCGCACAGCUGCCUGCCAGGAGCCAGCUCCACGUGCAGCUGAGCAUCGCAGGGACCCCACCCCUCACUGGCCGCCCUGUGGGUGAGCCUUCUCAGAAAGGACCCUUUGGAGCUGAGGUGGGAGGGAGGCAAACUGUCCUCAAGAACCACCCUCACCACCCAAAAGAAACAUUUCUGCGGAGGGGUUCCCUUUACAGCCAUCAGAUAUCAGGGUGUCUUUCUUACGGUGCACUGUGGCCGGGCGUGGUCUGUCACCUCCCUGGGGUCCCAGGGCCCCUCCCAGACUAGCCUUCCUGGCAGCAGCCUGGGAGGCACACCCCAGCACCCUCUGUUCAGCACCAGCAUUUCUGUGGGCUUCCUCUCAGGCACUGCCCGGGGCUCAGGGUCCCGACUCCAGCACCCUCCCUACACGCCAUGUCCCCGC